AUGUAUUUGGUCAGGGGCCCUCGAACAAGCAUGGCAAACCUGCUGCUGUUGCUGAUUUCAUUCCUUUCCCUCACAUCCUUGACGCUAGCCUCAACACCGACAUCCUUCUGCAAAUGCACUUGCUUCUCCAAUAGUACCAUUAUACCUCUCGAUCCAGCCAAAUCGGGCUCUGGAUCUUCCGCCAUUGACAAUGUCCUGAAACUUGCCGAGCGCGUUUUCGACGGCGUGGAACUCGACCCAGAGGACGAGCAGGAUGAGAAUGGAAUCGAAUCACGAGCAACGAAAUACCGUACGCUAAGUUGCAAUGACUGUAAUCGCAAAUUCUGCCUGAACUACGAACUCCCAAUAUGUAAAGGGGCGAAGGAGGACGAUGUUUUCACAACUUGCUUCCAACGGGAUUCCCGAAAAGAUGAAGCUGUAGUGUUCAUUUUUAUCUUUGCCACGGGUGGACUUCUUGCAUGGGCGCUGGCCAAGCCCUGGAUCGAGCGAUAUCUCGAGGCUGCACGGGAACGCCGAUCGUACAUGCCCGUUGCGGAACCCGAUAGCUAA